CCAAAAGCCUUUAUUCUCUGGCAUGCCUUUUUGGCUUUUCCAUACACACUUCUUUUCUUUUCUUUGCUUCCUCGUGCGUGCCGUCCGAUGUGUGGCCAUCGCGUAGAUCUGCAUCCUCCAGCAGAAGAUCAACCCACCAAUCCACGCUCACUCACCCAUGCACACUUCCUCAGGUUGACGAAGGCAUCAAGGACAAGGCGUGGGCAUGGCAUGACAUGGGCUGAUGCAGCUGGCGAGGCAAAAGAAGGUCAUCGUGGUUCGCUAGAAGCCAACCACUCACAGCAGCCGGCCGGACAUAUCCCCAACCCCCUCUAUCGAACUCUCCAUGGAACGGAUCGAUCUAAGUAUGUAUACAUCCUCCUUGAGACCUUCUUUUCAAACGAUCUGUGCUCGACGUUUGAAGAGAAAGAAAGUCAAAAAACAAAAAAGGGCGUAUCUUCCCCAUACGAACGAAUCUGUCGUAUAUAUGUCGACCUGAGUGGACGGAGUACACUCCCUCCCUCCCUCCCUCCUCCUCCUCCUCCUCUUCCUUUUUUUUUUUUCUUUUCGAGGAGAGUCAACUUCUGCAACCCAAAUUUAAUUACAUUUGCCUCGUAUUUGGCUUUCGGCCAAAUCUGGUAG